AUGGCGAGGGCCAAAGCGCAGGUUCUGCACGGCGAAAGGCGUGCCAGAUCUUCCGACUCGCUGUUGCUCUCGAAGCGGAUCGUCUACCGGAUGAAGGAGAACCUCGUCCAGAACCCCGACAAGUCCCUCAUUGAUUGGUUCGUUUCGAUUUCUAUGAAACUGACACCGACAUUCUUGAGGGCCUAUGAAAAGGGAAAAAUGGGGUUUCAGGAACUCUAGAGUGACCCUAUAGGAUCUCCUUACCAACCCUAUAGGGGCCAUUAAAGUUUGCAAAAGUGGUCCCUAUAGAAGUUUCAGUUAAUAACCCCUAUAGGGGACACUCUCUGCGAAGAAGCAUUUUCAUGCGAAAAACUAAACAAAUAACCUUUUUUGAACGAAAUCGAUAGACCCCCAUAGGGACCACUUUUCGACCUCUCUAGGGACUACUUUACCAACCCCUAUAGGGGCCACUAAAGCUUGCAAAAGUGGUCCCUAUAGGGGAAUUACAAGUCGAUAUAUUUUAUGAACUCUAUGAGAAGAAUAAUUUUCAUGCGAAAAAAACUUAAAAAAACAACCUUUUUUUGAAUAGAUUUUUGAAAGACCCCCCCAUAGGGACCACUCAAGCUUUAGGAUCUUGGGGGUGAGCCCCUAUAGGGACCACUUUUUCGACCUCUAAAGAGGCUGUUUUCCCGUCAAACCCCUAUAGGGAUCACUUUAAAAUUCCUAAAUAGAGAUUUUCAUUCUGAAUCGAACGGUCUACUCAAAAUAAUCACUGUGAAGAAUUUUUAUUUUUCCCUCUUUUAAUUUUGAAAUAUGCUUUGGAUCGGUGUACAGACAACUGUCUACAGUAGUCACGCCAACUUGCACAACUCUCAAAAUAUCUUUCAGUUUGAUCGAGACCCGAAUCGCGACAGCCGACAAAAACUUGGCCAUCAAUGAACUUGUCGAAAUGCGCGAUCAAGUCAAGGUUCUCACAUUUCUCACAUUUUGAACUUCAAAAAUAAUUAUUUUGCUCAGAAGUCACUGAAAUAUGCCAUGGAAACGGGUGAAGCCACCGGCUAUCUGACUUUUCUGAAGCCGGAAUGCUUCAACAUGCUGAAGAGAGAACGUGAGUCUUUUGUCUGCGCUCUCCAUUAACCACACACUGUCUCUUUUUUUUUAUCGUGUCAGGACCCAUUUUCCGAUGGCUCAAGCCAGCUUUCAAUAUUAUUUUUAUACAGUGUUAAACGUCCUUUUUCGGUAGAAUUUUAGGUUUUAAUGUUCUUACCCUCGAAAAAUCCUAUGUAAAGUGAGAAUAUAGCUGAUUUACGGCUAGGGGGCGUGGCCUGUCUGCGCUCUCCACUAACCAGGCGCUAUCUCUUUUCUUAUCGUGUCAGGACCCAUUUUCCGAUGGCUCAAGCCAACCGUGAAUCAGAUAUAAAGUUGGUGGAAAGUUCAAUGCUGAAUCGAUUUUUUAUCGAAAUAAGUGGAAUUAUUCUAUUGAUUCAUAUCUUCAUAAAGAUUUAUAAAUAACAACCGAGAAUCAGGAUUCUGCUCUAAAGCUCCACAUCAUCUUUGUGAUUCAUUCUGAAAUCUAAAAUCGAGAUUUUUUUUUUCCGAUUCUAGAAAAAAAAGCACAAAAAGUAUCAAAAAAACAAUAAAAAAAUAUUAUUUUUAAAUCACCAAAAUUGCCCAUUUUUUUGCACUAGUUUCUUUCAAUUUAGGAAACGAUACGUCCUUGAAAAAAAUAUUUUUUUAUAGUCUGUUUUUUUGGCGACCUUAAAAGCCUACUCUGCGCCCCCUUUAUCUCUCGACGCCUCUCUCAUGUUUACGUGCUAUUUCCAUGUUUCUCUGACCUCGCCGGUGAGAGAACAGAGAGACGCAGACACGCGAGAACUGCCAAGUCGCGGCGGACGAACUAUAAUAUUUGAAACUGUUAUACUUUUGAUAAUCGCUCUAAGGACUUUAGAAAGUACUUAAUCAAUUUUUCUUCGAAUAUCUUUUUUUAUUUACAAUUUUUUACUUGAUUCGAAUAAACGAAAAAAUCAAUGAAAUUUUCUCAUUCAUCCAUUUCCGAUUCAAGUCGUGACGAGAAUCGGUUUCGAACCGGCGGAAAGAGAAUAUCAGCGACGGCUGGAACUGGACAGAAGACAUCGGGAACAACUGGACCAUCUUUCGGAAGAUUCCGAAGACUUUUCGGAGGGCGAGAAGGACAGUCGCUUUGGGGAAGAAGUCGUCAGCGGGAAGUUUCAUCGGGUUCACAAAGUCGAUCCUGGUUCGUUUUGGGAUAUUUAUGGAAGAAAAGGUUCGGAAAGGAUGAAUAGCUUGAGAGUUUGUGAAGUUUCCGAGUUCAUCUUUCAGAUCUGAAAAAGGACUUUAAAAAAUCUUUGCUUGGGUUUUUUUGAGUCUGGAACAUACAUAGACAGACCAUUUUCAAAGACCGCCAACCCCUCCUCUCAACUUUUCAUAAAUUAAAAUUGAUACUACCUCCCUGAGGCGGAAACUUGUAUUAUUGUGGCCAAAUGUACCUCUCUGAGGUUGAAAAUGGAUUUUAUCUCUAAUUUUUCUAAUUCUUGUGAGCCAACCCCUCCUCCCGGGCUGAACAAAUUCUGAAUUUGCCCAUCUAUGGUCUGGAAACUAUGAAUCUAUGGAAAGUGUGACCCCGCAAAAAGUCGAUUUGAAUAAAAAAAUACAUUCCUUAUUUCCAAAAUCCCUUUUCUGAUGCAUCUUCUAAUUUUUUUUUACCAGGUUUUUCCAUGUUUUGCUGACUUUUUACCCUCUGAAGCCAAUGUUUUGGUUUUUAAAUUUUCCAAUUCUCGCUUGGCCGAAAUUUUUCCGAAAAUGCAAAUUCCAUUAGUUGCUUCUCAAGUUCAGAAAAGUAGGAUAAUAAUAAAUAUUCAGAAAAAAAUCAAUCAAUAUUUUUUGACAGACCCUCCAACGCCACAGUACGUUCCGCGAAUCGAUGUGUCAAACUUGAGGGAUGAAAAUAUCAACAGCGACCUUUCAACUUUGUUGGCUUCAUUCCAAAGGCCCCUAGAAAAUGUAUAUUUUAGCCGUUCUGGCCAUCCGAGUCCGCCGGUCCAGCCAGGCCAGAAGAAAAACGGCCAGAAAAGCUCUGGAUCGAGUGAAGAACGCUUUUUCGGGGCGAAUCUCCGCAAACCGACCGAAAUCAACCCGUUCGCUUCGCCGCAACGAUACGACAAGCUGACGCUGGAAAAGGAACUUUCGAAAGUUUCGGGGCUCCCGAAAGUAGGGAUUUUUGUGAUUAUUUGGGACAGGAUAAAUGUGAAAUUAGUGGGAAGUUCCCAAAAAAAAACUGACAAUUGAAAGAAAAAUGGAAAAUUGAGAAAAACGAAGAAAAAAGCGAAACGAGACAUAUUGUCCAUAGAGCAACUUUACUGCAAAACGCACCCCAAAAGUUUUUUUGUGGGUUUUCAAAAAUUUUUCAAAAAGAAACGGUCAAAUUGAGCUCCAGACUAACAUUCCUACCCGAGGAAACGUUUAUUUUCGGAAAUAUGAAGUUUUAAAUUUUUAUUUUAACACAGGAUAAUUUGGAAAUUUGAAAUAAAGAACUUCAAAAUUUUGGUAUUUGGCCCAGGCAGUUCUUUUUUUACAUUUGAGGAAAUUAGAAAAUUCCAAAAUUUACACUAAAAUAACCUUGAUUUCUAGUACGAAAACAAAAAAAGAAAAGAAAAAAAAAAAUUGAGAUUGAGAUUGAACCAAAAAAACCCGAAAAAAACCUCAUUAAUGCAAACGGGAGCUUUUUUCUGAGAAUUUCUAGGGAUCACUUAAGAGUACUGACGCCGCUAAAGUGGCCACUAGAAAUCCUCAGAAGUUUACGGUUUGAGUCCGACAAGGCGAGAAAUUUUUUUCAGAAUAGAGUUUUUCAAUAAACAAUUUAUGCAAUUUUGUUGAAUUUCUUCUUGUUUGCUAAGUUUUUUUUUUUCAUUUUUUAGUUUUUAUGAAGAAUUAGGUUCUUUAAGCGAAUUAUAUAGUUUUUUAAAUCCAAAAAAAUUAGGUUAAUUAUAUAUAUUUUUUUGAUUGUAUGUGUUGUGGAAUGCGGAGUCCCCGUAAACCUACACACAAAUAAUGUGCGCGCUAGCGUACAUGAUUUCUGCGUAGAACCAGGCUUGUGCGUCAGGCCGGGCGGCCCGGCCCGGGCUUCGGGCCUCAUUUUUCAGGAAAAAAAGCCCGCGUGGGCUCGGGCCUGGGCUGGGCUUCAAAAAAAAUUUAAAAUUUUUGUUUAAAAAAAUUUUUCACCGAAAUGUGACUUUUACUUCUGAGAUCAUAGUUUUUUUGUUAAGCUUUAAGAGAAAAAAAUGAGCAAAAACGUGAUUUUUGUCGUAAAAAAACUUGAUAGCCGACUAGAAAAAAAAAUGCGCGAUUCGGGCCGAGCGGGCCAUUUUUUCUUGGGGCCCGCUAAGGCCGUGCUGGGCCGGGCUUACGAAGUGGUCGGGGGGCCGGGAGGGUGACGGGCCGGCCCUCGCACAAGCCUGCGUAGAUCCCAUUAUAGGCCUAAAAUGUUUUUACCUCAAUAUUUGGUUGGUAAUCAAUAGUUGUUCUAGAUAUUUUUGUAUAGUAGUUAAGUGUAUAUAUUUGUGAGAUAAAUAUAUACUCAAAGGAGUGUUAAAGAUCGUUCUAAACUAUUAAAAAGUAUGAAUUAUUGACGCAAAGAUAUUGACAUUCUAUAAUCCUUAUAUAACGGGAAAAUCAUUUACAGAAGACUCCCAGAGCGGAAGACGUCGUCCCAACGGAUGCCGUUGUAUUGAAGGACUCGAGGUGAAACAUAUAAAUAUUUUUUUAUAAAUUUUUUUAUGAACAUUUAAAAAAAUGACUUUUGAGAUGAGGAGGUUAUUUUUGUACAGCUUUUUUCUCGCAUUUUUCAAAAAAAUUCACUUAAAAUCGCAGGAAAAGACGUUUUUUUGAAUUGAAUUGUACCUUUUUUUCGAAAUACGAUUUUUGUACCCUAUUUUUGGAUAGUUUCAUAAAAAGUCAUCAAUUUAUACGAGUCAAAAAAUAUUAUUUAUUAGAAAUCGAAAUCGGAAAAAAUCGGAAUAAAAAUGUUUUGAAAAGUCACUUUUUAUGACCAAAUAAGUAUACGGAAUAAAUAUUUUUGGGUUUCAAGAGUUCAAAUAAAGUUCUUUCGCGACGAAAAAUUUGAAAAAGUGUGUAAUAAAGCUGUUCAUUUUUGGAAAUGGUCGCAAAAAAAUUCAACGGAAAAAAAAAUCAAAAAAUCAAAAAUUUUUCAAAAAAAUUGUCAUUUCAUCAGGUUAACAUUUGCAGUAAAAAAAUUGUUUCCGGAAAGUUUUUAAAUUAUAUUUUUUUAAAAUAAAGGUUCAUUUUUUUCAAAAUGCUACAUAGACGAGAUGCAAAUGCAAAAAAAUUUCAAAAAAAUGAAAUUUUUUUCAACUGAAAUAGUGAUUUUUUUCAAAUGACGACAAAAUUCCUUUUUUUCGAUUAAAAAAAUUGAAAGAGUAGAAGGAAACUUUUUGAAUUUAUUUUUUUCAUUGCUUUGUUAUUUGAAUAAUUCUAGACUUCUCGUGGGAAAUUUUUGAAUUUCUGGAUUUUUGUGCUGUAAAAUGAACAAUAAUCAGUUGGAAUUUUAAUUUUUUUUUUUGUUUUCGAAUUAUUAACGGUUGGAAUGGUACUUUUUCCGGUUUUCGGACAUGUUCUGAUAUUUUUUUUCGCCAAUUUUGGCUGUUCUGAUUUUGUAUGAUUCUUUUUUUCCUUCAGCUUAUAAGUUAAUUAUCUAGGAGAGAAGUGAGGUUUAUCCGAUCUCAACCAAUCAUUUCAACGCAAAGAAGUACGCUGACCCAGACUUCCGAUGUCGAGAGAAAAGAAGGCGGAACCCAGACUUUCUCGGAAAAAUCAAGCUUCAAAGAUGACAUUGAGGUUACCUUCCGAGUUUAAAAUCGGAAUAAAUCUCUUAUUUAUCAGAAAAUCGACAUCGCAACGGAUCCGCCGUCGUUCGAUGAACUGGCGCCGAAAGUUGAUCAAGGUAUUUUUGAGAUUGGUCGCAUUUGGAAUGGCUCGAAGCGUUGCGGCUCGAAAUAUAUUGUCAGAAUGAAUGAGUUCUUUGAGAUGAUGUAGCGCGCAAGUCGGUUUGGGCCGGGCGCACUUUGAAGCAGCCCAAAGUUUCACACAGAAUCGUAGUUUAUUUAAAGUUUCACAUAUUUUCAAUAUAAAGGUUUUUUUUCAAAAGUUCUAUCGAUGUUUCAAUAUCAGCAGGCGUAAGCCGUUUAGAGUCGGAUGAACUUGCAAUUUAGGCUCGACAUGAAAAUAGAAAAAUCAGCUUUUCUGUUUUUUCUUCGAUUUUUUCGAAGAAAUGUCUCACAGACUUUCAACAGAAAGUCUUCAUUCGAACUCGUUCUUGCGUUUUUUGAUAUAACUGCGCGUAACCGCUUUGAGUCGGAAGCAGCCGUUGAAACAGAGAAUAAGUGUUUUGUAAGACUCGAAUUCAUUUUUUCAAGUGAGCUGCUGGAAAAAAAACAGUUAGCGAUCCAGAUUUUUCACUGUUUCAUUAUGAGACUUCAAACCUUGAAUUUUAGAUCUUUCCAAAUUUGACCCUUCAGCUCCUUCGACAUCAAACUCACGAUCUUCAACCCCUAGUGACCUCAGCGACGGAGAAAUUUUGGUCGCUCAAAAAAGCUCUUCCAGGUAAUUUUUGAAGGAAGUAAACUGUUCAAAAAUAAUUAAUGAACCUUUUAAAGGAGCAUAGACAAGUUUAUCGAAAGAAUCUCGAGACGAAAAGCUUUCUCAAUAGAAUUUUCAACUAAAAAGCUAAGAAAAAAAUUGUUUUGGACUAAAAACCUCAGUUCACUGUUUCAAUUUUAAACUUUCAGCGAGUUCUCACAAAUUCAAAAUCAGUUCAUCAGAUCAAUAUAUUCGUUAGAAAAAAAGAGGUGAUCGAAAAAAAAUUAAUUUCUUGAAAAUAUUUCUAUUUUUUUGAUAUUCAGAUAGAAUUUUGCGCCUAAAAUUUUGCUUUUUAGGCAUUUUGAAGCUUUUGGAGUAUAUAUGCUCAUCUUUUUUUAAAAAAAGUAAAUUUCAAAAAGAAUAAUUUUUUUCAGAAAAAAAUUCCUGGAAAAGUGAUGACGGUUCGGCCCGAUGGCAGCAUUGUUAUGGAUGAGAGGUAAUUUUAGAAAAUUUUGGCUUAAGGAAAAAAUGUCGAAAAAAGGCGAAGAAUUCAUUGACAAUAAGUGAAAAAAAAAUUCUCUUUUUGAAGAUUUUUUGGAAUUUGAAAAUUGUUUGAGAGUUUCCAAAUUUUUCUCAGAAUCGCUCAGUAGAUUGCGGUUUCAGAGAAGAGAUUUGAAUGGAAGCAUUUUUCGAUUUUUAUUCUAGUUCGGUUCACGCUACGUAUAUUUUCCUUUAAAGUCCGCUCAAAAAUCGCUGAGGGUUUUUAAAGGAGCAUAGGCUGACUUCAAAAAAGGUUUCGAGGCGAAGAACCGAUUUUACUGUGUUUUAUAGCCAAAAAGACGUGAGAAGACUGUUUUUAGAACUAAUUCGUGAUUUUUUUUUUGUUGAAGGAUUUUAAGAAGUGAGCUUUCAAAAAAAUUCUAUGGAAUUAUGAUCUUAGAAAAAAAUUAUUCCGAUUUUUUUAGGAAAAUUUCAAUUAUUUCAGUAUGUUUUAACAUAUAUUGCAGUUUCAGAGAAGAAUUAUCAAUUGACGUAUUCUUUUUAUUUAAAUUGGUCCGUUAAACUUUGUUGAUCUCCCAGUAAAGACCGCAUCACAUUUUUUUAAAGGAGCAUAGGUUGAAUUUGAAAAAUGGUCUCGAAAAAUGAAACCAUUUGAGUAGGAUUUUCAGUUUUGGAUGAUGUUUGAGACUCAAAAAAAAGGGUUUGGAUAAAAUAAAUACUUUUUUUUUUAGAAUUUUUUGUUUCUUUGUGUAAACCUUAGAUGACAUGAUUUUUAUGAUGAAUUAACCUCAAAUUCUUGAAAAAAAGCUGCGGAAAAUAGACAGAUGCGUUGCGGCCGCGAAGCGGUUUUCAAGAAGAUGCGGCCGACCAAAAACGGCUCGCGCUUUUGACUACUAUAAACCAUUAUUUCCACAAAAACACUUCCAAGCUAGUUUUUGAAGCCGCAGCGCAACUGCAACGCGUACAGCCAUUCCAAAUGCGACCGAACUCAUGUCAAAGUUUUUUUGUCUUCCAGAAGCAUUCCUGAGGUCGAAUCGCCCAAAAAAGACCCAAAAAACCGAAAAUGGCGACUCGUCCGGAGUUUCUCCGACUUCAACCUUUCCAAUUCUGAAUGGUUCUCACGUCUUCACUCCCCCAAGGGCAAGGACAAAGAUGGCUUCGUUAAGGAUGUCAUGCACAAAAUUAGUCAUAGGUCCUUUUUUUUUUAUUAUAAACCAAGGCCUCGGCUUUUAAAGGGCUUCCAAAUGAGACUAAUUUUGCUGGGUGCAGGUUUUCCGGGUUGUAUGAUCAGACCACGCGAAAAAAUCAGGAUCUGAAGAAAAUUAGUUUAAUUUCCAGCGAGAUCUGCAUGGGUAAUUAGAGCUGAUAACUGAUAAAUGAUUAUUUUCAAACGAUUUGAAAGUUUCCGACUGUCUGCGUCUCUCUGUUCCCUCGCCGGCGAGGUCAGAGAAACAUGAAAAUAGCACGGCUACAUGAGAGGGUCACUGAGAGACAGGGAGGGCCCAGAGAAAUUGUUUUGAAAUUUCCAAGAGCUAGGUGAAAUUUCAAAUUUUCAGGUUCGGAUCGAGAUCUUCUUCUUCCGCGAAAGGCUCUGGAUUAGCCGGUAGUUCUCCGAAUUUGAGUCGGCCGGGUAGAUUUUUGAUUUUUUUUAAAAAUUUUCCUCCUCUGACUGAAGAGGAGGACGGCAAAGUUUGAUUAAAUGAGAGUGGAAAAAAGAGCCGCAAAAUUAAUCAUCCUUUGCUCCAAGUUCGCUCCAUUAAGGACCCAAUUUUCAGGCCAGAUUUGAUUAUUUUUAUUACUUCUUCUACACUUUUUAAAGGUAAAUGAAAAAAAAAGCGGGAAAUAGAAGCAGUAGAGUGAAAAAUUCAACUUCAAGUUAGAAGAUUAUUUAUUUUGCUGCAAGCUCGCUCCACUGAGAAUUUGUAUUUUUUCCCAAACAUGACUUUUUUUUUCUCCCAAUUGUUACAGGAUAUUGGAGGGAAUAUCGGGAAAAUUGAGCCAUAGAGUUAAAAAUUCAACUUCAAGUUAGAAGAUUAUUUAUUUUGCUGCAAGUUUGCUCCAUUGAGAAUUUUUAUUUUUCCCAAACUCGACUUUUUUUAAAAAUUUUUUUCCUCAAUUUUAACGGGAUAUAAGACAGAAAGUCGGAUAAUAUAAGCUGUAGAGUGAAAAAUUCAACUCCAAUAAAAAGAGAAUUCAUUUUGCUGCAAGUUCGCUCCAUUGAGAAUUUGAGUUUUUAUCCCAGAUUUGACUCAUUUUUCCUCUUUUUCUGUGAUAAAUUAGAAUUUCUGUAGUCAAAUAUCAUAUGAAGAAGUUUGUAUCUUCAUUUUUUCAUUCCUGAUUUCCAAAAUUCAGAAACCCCGAAAACUCCGAUAGCCAUUGAUUUCGACGAAUUGGAAGAAAAAAGACCCCAAUAUCAAUUUUUCGUCUCUUCCUCCCCCAAUAGAUCGAUUCGCAUUGCGGAGGAGGACUUGUCUUCCAGUACUGGUAUUGAUUUUUUGAUUAGAUCAUCCGAAAAAGGUCAUUUUAGACCUACCAACCUCUCCAAACUGUUCCCAUUCGAAAAAUUCGCCGAGAAGAGGUCCGCCUAUCGUUUUGGAAGAUCAUGACGUUCCCGUUUCUCCGCGGGUUAUUAUUGAAAAGAGUUUCCAGAAAGAAUAGAUUUUUCUAGAAGAAAAAUGGCCCUUCAAGUCGAAUGUACCCCAAUUCGCCUUCUUCAUCUUCUUCCUCUUCUUCGAAAAUUUCAUCGCCCGGAUUUUCCAGAGGCGAUUUUGUCAGAGGCGAGUUUUUAAUAAAAGCCAUAUUCGUUCAAUAAACUACGAAAUUAGUUGAAAAUGAAAUUAAAUUUGCUGAGAAACCGGAAAAAAAGUUUAAAUUUACUUGGAUGAUUUUUUUAAAGUUGCUGGAAAAAAAGUCGAAAACUCCCCCAAAAUUGAACACGUUUUUUUAAAUUCAGAAAAAAACCGAAAAAAAUUUAACUUUACCUAAAAAAACUUCUAUUUCUGACCAAAAAAAUUUAAUUCACAUGGACAAGUAUUCAAAUUUUUCUGGAAAAACCGAAAAAGAAGCUUAAAAAAAGUUAAAUUCUCUUUUAAAAAAAUUUUCUUGAAUUCCUAAAAAAAAAUUUUUUCCGAUUUUUCACGGAAAAAAAGUGAGUUUGAAGCUCAAAAAAAUUUUUUUAGUUUUUUUCAUCAAAUUUUUUUCUAUUUUUUUCAUCAAUUGCAGGUGAUAUUAGCUUUGAAAAACUUUCCAACUUUCGAAAAAAAUUUACUAAUUUCAGCUUGAAAACUGUUCAAAAAGUUGAAAAAUUUCAGAAAAAUUGCUAAAAAAAAUCCGAGACCAUUUUUUUCUUCAUUGUGUCACAUAAAAAAAUGUCAUGUUCGGAAAUGUAUCAACAAAAAAAUGACAAACAUGGAAAUUUAAAAAAAUUCGGAAAUUUUUGGAAGUCAAAGUCGUUUCCGUCAUAUCUAACAACAUAAAAAAAUGUUCAAACGAUAUUUUGAGCCAAAUUUUUCUCGAAAUUUCACUGAUUCAAAAAAAAAAAAAUCAUAAUUACUUUUGAAUAACGGAUCAGUAUUCGACCCUAAACUUUUUUAUAUUCGAAAAAAAGUUUUGUUCAAUUUUUCCCGAGUAUUUUGAAGAAACUCAUUAGAAAACCUGCCAUUUAUCCACUAAUGCUUCCUUUUUUUUUCGCCUAUUUUCCAGCAUUCUCGUUGUUUCUCUCAACGUCUGGCCAACACAUCUUUUCUCUUUUUUUUUUCCUGCCCCCUUUUUGUUAUUUUCCAUCAAGUUGUCUUUGUUUCCUUCCUUAUGAUCGAUUUUUUUUAAAGAACUUUUAGAACACUUUGCGGUUUCUGAAAAGUUUCAAAUAUAAUUUUUUUCUUCGAAAUAAUGCUGAAUUAAAUUUCUGAAUCCUUUAGAUAGAAGAAUAUUCGAAAAAAAGCGACAUUUUUCAAAAAUUUUUUUGGUCGAUUUUUCCGCUUAUUAUCUUUUUUUCUGAUUAUCGAUCUUUUUUUCACGGAUUUUUAAAGAUUUUUUUGCGGUUUCUGUAAAUUUUUCAAAUUUGAUUAGUUUUUGUAAACAAUUGUUAUAUUUAUGCAAAUUUAUCAAAUACUUUGUUUUCCGGAAGAAAAAUUUUUCUUUUUUUAUUUCCGCUGAUUUUUCUUCGUUUGUAAUCGACUUUGGUUUUUUUCAACGAUUUUUGACAUACCUUUGCCGUUUCAGAGAAGUUAUUAAUCGAAUUAUUAUUCUAAAAAUCAAUUUUUCGUGCUCUUUUAUUCAUAAUAAAAAAAGUUCAUUCACCAAAAAAAUGCGAAUUUGAUUUCUGCGUAUUGGUUUUUGAGUUAUUUUUUUAAUUACAAAAUUUUUCAUUUUUUUCCCUUUUUUUCCGUUUUUUUCACCGAAAAAUGCUCAUUCCGGAAAAAAAGAAACCAUGAAAUUUACGAUAAUAAUCUCAGAAAUCUCCGCAAAACGUCAAAUUUUGAAGGAAUCCGCGUUUUUAAAGCGUGUCCUCCGCUUGGAAAUAUCGAUUUCGCGACUUUCUCUUUCUUUUUGAGGAUUUCGAGACCAUCUUGUUGCUUUUUCUCAUCCAUUUUCAUAUGAACAGAAAUUUUUUUGGCGCUUUUUUCGGAUUUGAAAUCAAGUUUGAUCGUGUUUAUAAUUUUUUUGACUUUUUAUUAAUUUUUUAGAAGAUGAGGAGGGGUAGAAAAAAAUCUGAUGAAGUUGAUUUUUUUAGGGUUUUAACCGAAUAAUUUAAUUAUUUUUGAAAAUUGCUAGUAAUUAUCUAAUUGAAAACUGUUAUUUUUCAACUUUCUUAUCAUUUGGACACGUUUCUCAUCAAUUUUUUUAUCAAUUUGACCAUUUUUAAGGUCCGAAAACGGACGCUUUGAAACAACGGACGGAAUCGACCUGCGACCGAAUCUCCCGAAUGUCCUUGGAAUGACCCAUUUUUUUCGUGCCUGCGCAUCUUAAUUUCCUUUUUUUGUCUCUUCUAAUUGAUUAUUUAACCUUUUUUUCUGUUCCUAAUGUCGAUCAUGAAGCGUAAUUUUGAAAAAAGUUUGAUUUUUAUUGAUUUUUCGCUUUGAAAAUCGCCAUUUUUUAAAAUUUUCUUCCUGCAAUGGCUUUUUCCUUCGUGCCUGCACAUCUUACUUUCCUUUUUCGUGUCUUUAAAUUGAUUAGAUCACCUUUUUUUCUGUUCAAAAAAAUUCGAUUAAAAGGCAUCAAUUUUUUUGUUUGUAAAAUUAGGAUUUUUAAAUGACAUUUCGGUUUCAAAAAAACAUCAAUUUUGGGUGUUUUAUUGAAAUUUUUCUCUGGAAUGGCUUUUUUUCUUCGUGCCUGCGCAUCUAACUCUAUUUUUUUGAAUAUUGCAUUUAAUAUUUACAAUGGUUCUUUUUUUGUUUCAAAGAUAUCAUUUUUUUGCUGUAAAAUUUCAGUUUUUUUGAUGACUUUUUCUCAUGAAAAAUGUGUCAGUUUUAACGGUUUAUUUAUUUAUUUAUUUAAAUUUUUACUUGGAAUGAGUUUUUUUCUGUCUUCCUGAGCAUCUUACAUUCUAUUUUCUUCAAGUGAAGGAUUUUUUCAUUCUCUGUUGAAAAAAAUAAUUAUUUUUUAAAAUUUACUCUUUCAGGUCAUUUUUCCGCUUGGAUCUCAUUAUUCUCCACUUUUUAGAGCAUUGUUUUGCUUUCUUCACCAAUUUUGGUCAUCUAGAAGUCUGAAAUUCAAGGAUAAUUCAUUAAAUAACAUUGUUUGUACUAUAAUUAUCACUAAAAUAAUGGUUUUACCAAUUUUCUAGGGACUUUUUGAUCGAUUUUCCGUUCUAACUUGUUUUUUUUUUCAAGUUUUUUAAGAUCUCAUUUUUUUUGUCUGGGUUUUUAUUCUUACUUGAUCUCUUGUCCAUUGAAUGAAUUGUUUUGAAAUUUGAAAUUUUUUGAAAAUCGCGAAAAAAAAUGGUGUUGAACCAUUGAAAUACAUGAUUUUUUUUUUGCGAAGAUAAAAAUAUUUUUCCGAAGACGUCAGUGGGACGACGAGGCUGCACGACGUCAGGACGUGAUGACGUCAUCGACGACAGACGACGACGAUGACGUCACCAGGGACCUGAUUCCAGGCAGUUGCGGCGUCGUCGAGUGAGCCUUUUUUUCUUGAUUUUUUCGGUUUUUUAGAUGAUUUAAUACAAUAUAACCUGUCUGGGCCCUCUUCUGUCUAAUCGGAAGAGACGGAGUAAAAAGAAAAUAGCAUAUAAAAUAGGAGGGUUUAGAGAAGUCAGACUUUAUUAGUUCGCGAUGAAUAAGGUUCAAUGGAGCUUUUUGGACUUUUUUUUUCUAAUCGAAAUUUUUCAGACGAUUUGAAACAGUCUGACCUGUCUGCGCUCUCUCUUCUCUCUCAUGGUAAUUCAGAGAGAAUUGAAAAUAGCACGUGGGAGCGUGAGGGCGCAGAGAAGUCAGAUUUUUAAGUUUUGGUGAAUAAAAGGUCGAUAAUGGAUUUUUUUCAUAGAAAGGUCAUAAAAAAAAUAAAAAAGGAGAGAGCAUGGAAAAGUAUGAGGGGCCAGAGAAGUCAGACGAUGAAUGGACUUUUUCGCCGAAUUUUCUCAUUUUUUUUUUGUUUUGACCAUUUGAAACAGUCUGGAAUGUCUGCUCCCUCAUUUCUCUCACCAUAAGUCAUAGAAAAGGGAAGGAGCAUGUGAAAAUGAGAGGGCGCAGAGAAGUCAUAUUUACAAAUUCCGAAUAAGGGUCUAUAAAAUUUAUUAAUUUCUGCCGCGGUUCACUAUAUGAAUUUGUUCAGCAUUAAAAAAAUCUGUUAUGUCUGCGCCCUCUUUUCCCUCGCCAAAUGUCCUAAAAAAGGGAAAAAGCAUGAGAAAAUAAGAGGGCGCAGAGGAAUAGAGAUUAGAUUGUUUUUUAAACCCGUCCGAAUUUAAUAAUUUCUAAAUUCAUCUAUUAUACGAAAUUUAUCGAACCACUAAAUUUCAAGCAGAAUUACAUAAAUGAACGCUUUGAAACUGUUUUCUAGUCUUGCAGUUUCAAUUUCUGAUUUAUCGCGAGCAACUUUUAUCAGUUUCUCUCUAGUUCCUCGCAAUGGAAAACUCUUUUUGCUAGCGUUUUCUGGGAUUUUUGGCUAUUUUUGGUCUUUUUCCUGACGUUACCGUUGCGUUUGUGCAAAUAAUGUCAACGUAAAAGAUAGGGGAAGGGUUUUAAGCACCUUAUUUUCAGAAGAUUCUUGGAAUUUUUGGCGUUUUUGUGGUUUAAAGGAGGCAGAGCUGCAAUUUCGAUGUUAAAAUGAUUUUUUUCCGUCUUUAGGAUCAUUUUCUCGAUUAAAUUCAAAAUUUGAACUCUCUUGGGUCGUUUUUGAACGGUUCAUUCUUUCAAAUUUUAAUAUUUUCGUCAUUUUCUAACUGUCUGACCGGUCUGCGCUCUCUUUUCUCUCGCAUGGGAAUUCAGAGAAAUUGGACAUAGCACGUAGAAACGAGAGGGCGCAGAGAAGUUAGACAAUUUUAAAUUAUAGCUCAAUGGAUAUCAUAUUGAUGGAAAAAAUUUGAACUUUUUCUUACCUACGUCAUUUUUCGGUUUCAGUUCGUCUUUUUCAAAGUUUUUAUUUGAAGUUCUCCGGUGCAUUGGUUGAGUACAUCAUCAUCAUCAUCAUUCAUUCAAUACGAAUAAUAAUACAGUUCAAGGGCCGAAAAGACCUCUAACAGAACCAAUUUUCAAAAAGGGAAAUUUAAACAUUAAAAACAGCAACAAACCGUUUAAAAGUUAGAAGAUAUUUUGAGAAAGUCAGCCAGAAGAUCGGGGUUGUUUUCUAAAUAGAUUUUGAAUCGCAUAGAAUCAUUACAUAGAUCAAAUACAACAUCGGGAAGGGAGUUCCAAACAUUAAUUAUUCUGAUACUAAAAAACGAGGCAACGAUGUUACUAUUAUGUCUUAUAUUUGAACGUAAAUAAUAGCGAUGGCGACGCAGCGCACGGACACGGGGGAAAAAAAGAAGAGACUAUCGAAAUCAAUGGGGACUUCUCUAAGUACAAUUUUUAUAAACAAGAGACAUGUCAAAGAUGAGGCGUCUUGUCUCAAGAGUUUUGAGACUAUUUUUCAGAUAAACAAGUGAAAUAAGAGUGGUAGGGCAAGCCACAACGAUGGUAAGCUCGGAAAAAGGAAACUUUUUCUGAACACCUUCAAUCAAAACAAAAUAUUGUGAGAGUCAAUUGGAGCAUAGACUACAGAACAAUAAUCAAUAAUAGGACGAAUAUACACUUCAAAGCAUUUUAAAUACAAUGAAAGCUCAGUGGAUCGAAACACGUUAAACAUAACAUUUAUGCGACAUUUACACCGUCUGCAGAUUUCAGAUAUAUGAUCAUUGAACUUAAGGUUAUUUGAGAAAACUACACCAAGAUCUCGAACUGAAAGUUUAGGCUGUAAAGCCAUGUUUGAAAUUUUAUAAGAAAUAUUUGAGUUACGUUUUCCGAAAUGAAUAGAAUAGCAUUUAGUUGGAGCUAUAGCCAUUUGCCAUGUUGAACACCAGUUUUUCAAGUAAUUUGAGGUCUUCUUCGAUGACAGUAGAACUAGAGGUUUUUGUGAGCGAAGGAAAAAUUUUUAAAUCGUCAGCAUAGAGAAGGGGCGCAGAGCGAAAGUUAUCCGUAAUGUCGUUAAUAAAAAGUAGAAACAGAAGGGGUCCGAUGACCGACCCCUGGGGUACGCCGGAGAGUACAGGAGCGGGGUCGGAAAGUACUCCAGAAAGAGAAACACACUGCACACGAUUAGUCAAGUAGGAUUCGAUCCAGCCAAGAAGAAGACCACAAAUGCCGUAAAAUUGAAGCUUGUAAACAAGUUUAGCAUGAGAGUCAGUAUCGAAAGCCUUGCAAAAGUCAAUAUAGAUAGCGUCCGUGCAAAGGUUACUGUUUGCAUUUUCAAAAAGAUUUGCACAAUAUUGAAUUAGUUGAAUAGACGUGUUAUAUUUAGGGCGGAAUCCAAAUUGGUUAGAGUUUAACAAAGAGUUAGAGUUGAGAAAAACGCUGAAAUCAUGCACAACUAUUUUUUCAAGACAUUUGCAAACUGAACUGGUUAAACUAAUUGGACGGUAAUUUGAAGGGUCAGAUCUACUUCCUUUUUGUGUAAGGGUUUGAUAAUGGCUGUUUUCCAAACAGAUGGAAUUUGACCAGAUCGGAGAGAGGCGUUAAAAAAAUAAUAGAAAGAGGAUAGGCGAGAGAUGUGGAACAGUUUUUUUGAGCAAAAUGGAGGGAUUUCAUCCGGAGUAGUGUUACAUUUAGAGGGCAUUCUACGAAGAAAAAGCUUCUAUUCUGUGCGCUGGGAGAUCUAUGACAGAUAAACGGUUAGAUGUUUUAGAAACACAUGGCGGAGUUUUUCCGUCAUCGAUUGUGAAAAAUGAAUGAAAUUCUGUAGAUAAGAGGUUAGCUUUAGCGAAGUUGCAGGUAAGUGCCUCUCCAUCAGAGGUUUUUAGAACGUUGAUAUCAUCCUCAGACUGACCACUCAGAAGUUUGGCAUGCUUGAAGAAAUUGUGUUGAUUGCCUUUUUGAACUAGGCCUUUUUCUCUUUGGAUCCGCAAGGACCAAGUAAGUUUGGAAAUUUUUUUGGAAAUUUUUUUAUAAAGAUCGGAGUUUCCCUCUCUUCUCGUACUCGGAAAAAAUUGAAGUUAACCACGUCAAUGAAAACCGGACGUUUUCAGGCAUUCCUAGGGAUCACUUAAGGGUUCUGAAGCUACUAAAAUGGUCACUAAAACGUCCGAAUUUUCGGGUUUUUUGAGAUCCCACAAGGAGGUCAUUUUACUUCCAGGUUGGGAAUUUCUUGAAAAUUGGCCAGAAGAAUCCUUGAUGUAUUAAAAGAAGAUUCUGAAAGCCUCAUUUUGCAAAACCUCCUAGUUUUCGAGAAAUCAUCCCUCAAAAUCCUUGAAAAUAGGAUUUUUUGGGACUUUGAGUCCUUAUUUCUUGAAAAGUAGGAAGUUAUACAAAUUGAGACUUUCAAGAUCUUUUCCUAGUACUUCAAUGAGUUUUUUGGCCGAGUUUCAAGAAAUUUCCAAGAAAAACUUUAAUUAUCUCCCUUGUUUCUUGAUAAGCUGUUUCUUAUGAAUCACCGAUUUGGUAAUCAACGAGUUCGUUUCACUAAUGAUAAAGAGGAAAUUUUCCCCAUUGUAUGAAUCAUUUAUUUAAGUAUUUUUUUGAGCGUUAUCUGACCAUGAAAAAAAUUUUUUUCUACGUCCGAGAUUCCAAUUUUUAGCCCAAAAAAAUGACAAAAAAAUGCCUUGAAAUCGAAGUUUUUUUGGAUUUGAUUGGAAAAAAAUGGUACCUUUCUGGUCGUUAUUUAAAAAGUUUUUUUCUAUUGAAGAAGUUGAUAAAAUUCAAUUUUUUUGGCAAUUUUUGACAGUCUGACCAGAAAAAAAGAGUGGAAAUUCUACUAUUUUUUUAAUUUUUUUCCGGUAGUUUUACUAGUUUUUUUCAAUAAGUAGGUUUAACAAUUUAUUUAUUAAGAUGAAAAAAAUCGUAAUAAAUAUCCCGAUUGUUCCACUUUGUUUGCUUAUAAGGAAGAUAAGAAAAAGUACGAGUUGGACAAAAAAUUCACGUGUCAAUCUGCUCCACAAAUCAGGCUCUUGUAUCAUUAUGAUUUUCAUUCUUUGAACUUGAUUUUUGAAUUUUCUGUCUGGAGGUUUAUUUUUAGUACUUUCCAGCCUUGAUUGUUCCUUUCUCACUGGUUUUAGAUUACAUUAUAUAAAGUCUUUCACGUUUUUAAGGAAAUAGUGUGCUAAAAUGAGAGAUUCAGACAUAUUUUUUUAGUAUUUAUAUACUUUUUUUCCAAGCUAACGGUGAAUGAAUGAUCAAAAUCUUAUUACGGCUCCAAAAAACCAAUUUUUUAAAAAUUUGUCUAAUUUUUCUUUUAUUUUUUUACCCUUAAUAUCAUUGAAUUAGUAGAAAUUCAAAAUCUCAAUUUUUUUCGAUUUCGACGUUUUUAUUCAACUUUUCAUAAUGACAAUCGGCGAAGUCGUUUGCGGUCACACGCAAAUGGAAAAAAAGCAAAAAUUUUUGAAUUUUUCUUUCUCAUCUUAUCAUUUUUCUGAGAAUCAUUUUUUUCAGAUAAGAAAGCUCUUAUCACUUAUUUUUUUCUCUCGAUUUAUUCUCUUUCAUAAAUUUUUUUCUUCGUUUUGAGAUUUUUUUGGUCGCAUGGGGAAUGGCUCAACGCGUUGCGGAUGCAAAGCGGUUAGAAAGUGCACCCGACUUGAAACGACUUUGGAACCUUGGCAUUCGAAAUCGCCGGAUUAUAUAAUCGAACCGCAACGCUUUGAGCCAUUCCACGUGCGACCACCGACUUUUAGAAUUUUUAUAUUUUUUUUUCUCACUUUCAAGGAAUUAAUGCAAGCUUCGACGGUUUCCUCGGCGAUUCUUGCCGCGGUUCGAGCAAUUUUCCUCAGGCGCCGAUUUUUUGAAUUUUCCAAUUACUUUGGACGAAAAAAAUGACGAGAAUUUAAAACCAAAGAAGAAGUUUAAACAAGUGAGAAGAAGGAAAAGGAAGUGAGUUUCAUGAAAUUAUAAAAACUUGGUUUUUUUUGUUGUUAUGAGAAGUGGAGUGACAUAUUUCCCGUGAUUGAAAUUCGAAAAAUCUCGUGCAAAGUCGGAAUGGUGAAUAAUGGCCACUAAAAGAGAGAGGCUCAAAAAAGGCCGCAGAAAGGCUGCAAAAUGGAAGCAAAAGGGCUGCAAAGAAGGCCCCUUUAUCGAGCCAUCCAUUUUUCUGGGAUUUUGAAGGCUCGAAAAUGGUGGAGAAAGGGAGAGGCAGCAAAAAUGGUGCAUAAGGGCCGAGAAAAUGGCGCAGAAAGGCAGCAAAAAAGGAACGUUUCUAUGGAGCCAUUUCCACCAUUUCCGAUUUUCCCCAUGAAUAGGAUUUUUUCCCACAAGAACGAGAUCAAGACACCUUUGAAACAAGUACUUUUCAGCCCCUCACCUGGCUCCUACAAAAAUAAAAGGGCGUCGAAUGGACAGCCCUACGAGCCAACGCACCACGAACACGUCGCCAACACUCUUUCUCAUGCGGUUUGUCGGUUUUCAGUCGAUUUUUAAGGAUUUUAUAGACAAGAUCUAUAAAAAACGUUCCCAGGGUCCAUAGAAAAAAAGUUCAUUCGGACAGAAAAAAAUGUUUAUCAAACUUGAUUUUUUUGAAAGUUUUAAAAUUAAAAGAUUUUUUUCUGAGGCUUUUGCAAAGGCUCCACAUUCUUGUAACAGUUAGAGAAAAAGCGAACUUUUUUUAAAAAAAUAAUUUCAAAGAUCUUCAAAAAAAGUCUUCAAGAUUCUGCCUCUUGUCCCAUGAUUUUUUUAUUCAAAAAUCCGAAAAAAAGGUCGAAAAAAGUAUUUCUAGCGUCUUUCAUGUCAUUUUUUUUGAUAGAAAGGUUCAUUGUAGGAAAAAAACGUCGAAAAAUAGAAGGAAAAAAGAAAUUUGAGAAAAAAUGAACUUAAGUUUUUGAUUAAAACGUGGUUUUUCAAAACAUUUUUUUCAAUGUAUUUCAAGAAAAAAAAUUUUCAAGGUUGAAAUCAUACAUGGGAUGAGCAUGACGGGCGACAGCCAAAUCCCCCUGUUUUUUUCUCCGAUCAUUUUUUUAACUGAGAAAAAAACAUUUUUGACAAUCCCAUGUAUGGUUGAAAUAACCCAAAAACGGCCAGCUUUAUAAAUUUCAAGUUCCCUGUACUUUUUCAGAUAGGAAUAGGCCCCAGCGUACUCGUCUUCCACUAUUUUAUGAUCGGCGAAGCCCAUCGGGAGCUCCAAUAUUGGUUAAUGUUGCUCUACGGCACUUUUACGACGCUCCUCUUUGCGUCCUCCACGGUGUAUCAUACGUGUGAACUGCUCUAUCGGCAGAAAAAUGAGUGGGUUUUGAAAAAUUGAGCUUUUGAACUGAGAAGACAGUUUGAGGAAAAGUUGAUCUUCUGAGGAGUUUAAGAGAGGUCCCUAUAGAGUUUUGUUGUUUAGGGAUCACCAUAGGGGCAAUUUUACGGCCAAGAUUUUAGUGGCCCCUAUAGUGAUUCUGAACGAAAAUUCUAGGGCUCCCUAUUCCCUACAGUGACCACUCCAAAAUUUCUCAGUUGCCAAUGUCCGAGUAAUUAAGUUCUCCGAUGCUCCAGAUUACGAUGAUUCUCUAUGAAGCGAUUUUCCUUGCAUUUUUUUUCCCCUUUUUUUCUUUUGAUUUUUUUUUCUGAAUUUUUCUGUAUUUUUCAACUGAAACCUUACUAAUCAAGUUCAUUUCUUUCUGAAUUUGUAAAAAAAAGCUUUUUUUCACUGUUAGUUUCUAGAGAAAAGUUGAAUUUUUUUCAAAAAAAUUUAUAAAAACUUUCUAAAAGCUUUGAAAUUUUUCACUUAAAUCAGAUUGUUGAUAUCUUUUUUUCAGACGAAGGAAAUUACGGUAUUAUUUGCACAUAUUUGACCGAGCAGCAAUUUACCUGUUCAUCGCUGCUUCCUACACACCUUGGCUCACUUUGAGGUGAUUUUUUGAAGUUUCAUAUGGAUAAUUUUCCACUUUGAAAUUCCUCAAAUCAAGUUUCUUUGUUUUCAAUUGUUUAUAGUCUGUUCAUAUUUUGAAUGUCAAGUAGAAUGACGUCAUUCGAAAACGCUCUGUGGAUGGCUCGCUUUCUGAUUGGUUUAUCGCGCUAUUAGGGGCGGAGCUUGAGCGACAACUGAAGUUUAAAAUCUGAAUUAACUAUGGCCGAGGAUCGGCUAAACCUUAAAAAUGGGGACUUUUAUGACUUCGCAGCAUUUUUUGCAAAGCGGGCGCGCUUUUUCUGCAACCGCGGCAUGGUUCAUUUUCUCCACUUCAAGCAAUUUCAAAAAAUUUUUCAAUGUUUUUCGGCGAAAUAUUUUUUGAAUUUUUUAAGAAAAAUUGGCUUGAAAAUGUAUAAUAAUUGUUUUUCAGACAUUGCGGCUACCCGGGGCUCAACUUGAAAUGGAUGAUCUGGGUUUUCGCUAUCCUCGGCAUCCUUUAUCAAUAUAAUUUCCAUGAGAGGUUGUUUUUCACUUGUCCAUUUCACUAUUUUUAUAUCGUUUAACGGAAUAAAUUUGAAAAUUACAGAUAUAAAACCCUGGAAACGUUGUUGUACAUUGCGAUCGCCGGUGGCCCGUCCGUCGCCAUUUUUACCAUGGUUUCUAUUUUCCUUUCUAUUUUUUUCAGAUCACAGCUUCUUUAUUUAGUUCUAAAAGCUUCAAAUGAAAUGCCUAGUAGAAACGAAAUCUCUUGAAGAGUUGAAUCGUGCCGCGAUUGCAGAAAAAGCGCGCCCGUUUUGCAUAAAGUACUGCAAAAUCAUGAAAAUUCACACUUUCAAGGCCAUUCUGCGCCAAUUUUUCCAAUUUUUAUUUUUCUUUAAGCUACAGAAUCCUUCCCUUCGAUGCGCAAGAUCUGUAUUCGUACCUGCGCCUUCAAUAUGACUAAAAAUUUUCCCUUAUUUUAAAGGCGCACUCACAAAAAAGGCAAAGGGUUUUAGAGCUCGAUUGAAAACGAAAAUUGUGAUAAGCUGGCGAGGAUCGCACUAUAUAAAAAAGUUUUCUGUAUCAUUUUUAUCAUUUUUUUAAUUUCUGUUGGAUUUUUUAAAAAUUUCUUUUUAAUUUUUAAAAUUUUUUUUAUUUAACUAGUUUUUUUUUUGCAGAAUGACCGUUCCGGACUGGAUCUGAUGAUGGUCGGAGGCGCCUGUUACGCCGUCGGAGUCAUAUUUUUCAAACUGGACGGCGUUAUCGCGUUCGCCCAUGCGAUUUGGCACGUUUUCGUCUUGAUGGGUCGGUUUUCUCGGUUUUCACCCGGAAAUCGGGAAAAAAGAACUGAGAAAAGUUUUUUUUUCCGAGUUCUUUUUAAAUGAUCACUAGGGAGAUCUAAGUGGUCACUAGGGCAUAUAGAAAUUGAGUUUUGAAAUAUGUUGGUCGCAUGGGGAAUGGCUCAAAGCCUCCGACCAACCGCAACGCGUUGCCAUUCCGCAUGCGACCACAACAUUUUGAAUGCUUUUUCUGAAUUCCCGAAAAUUCUAGGAGCUUCUUGCCACACCUACGCCGUUUAUGCGCAUUUAUUAGGCCCUGAUCGGAGCAAUCCAAUGCCGGAAAUUGUACUUUGA